AUGAUUUCUCCCACCAAAUUCAAAUCCGUAGAUUUCUACAGGAAAAUCCCGAGAGAUUUGACAGAGGCGUCUCUAUCAGGAGCUGGGUUAUCAAUUGUAGCUGCUCUCAUUAUGAUGCUUUUGUUUGGAAUGGAGCUGAGUCAUUAUUUGGAAGUCAACACUACCACAGCCGUCAUAGUUGAUAAGAGCACUGAUGGAGACUUCUUACGCAUUGAUUUCAACAUCAGUUUUCCUGCCCUUUCGUGCGAAUUUGCUUCUGUUGAUGUGAGCGACGUGUUGGGAACAAAUAGGAUGAAUAUAACAAAAACAGUUCGGAAGUUUCCAAUUGAUCCGCAUUUAAGGACCACUGGUGCAGAAUUUCAUUCUGGCCAUGGAUUGCAUGACAUCAACCAUGGAGAGGAAAUAAAGGAAGAGUUUCCUGAUGGCGCCAUACCAUUCACCAAUGCUAGUUUUGAAGUGUUUUCACAUCACUUUCCAAUAAUGGUUGUUAACUUUAAUGCACCAUGGUGCUAUUGGAGUAAUCGUCUGAAACCGUCAUGGGAGAAAGCAGCUACUAUUAUAAAACAGAGAUAUGAUCCUGCAACUGAUGGGCGUGUUCUUCUAGGAAACGUUGAUUGUACGGAAGAAGCUGCGCUAUGUAGGAGGAAUCAUAUACAAGGCUAUCCAUCUAUUCGGAUUUUCCGCAAAGGCAGUGACCUUAGAGAGGAUCAUGGACACCACGAACAUGAAUCUUACUAUGGAGAUCGGGACACUGAUAGUAUAGUUAAGAUGAUAGACGGAUUGGUCGCACCUAUCCACCCGGAGACUCACAAGUUAGCUUUGGAAGGUAUAUCCAAUGAUACAUCCAAACAUCUGAAAAAGGCACCGGUCGCAGGAGGUUGUAGAGUCGAAGGUUAUGUGCGUGUAAAGAAGGUUCCGGGAAACCUGGUGAUCUCAGCUAAUUCAGGAGCUCAUUCGUUCGAUACUUCUCAGAUGAACAUGUCGCAUGUUGUUACACAUCUUUCAUUUGGGAGGAUCAUUUCUCGUAGAUUGUUGACUGACAUGAGGCGAUUGUUGCCAUAUCUUGGCCAAAGCCAUGACAGGCUGGAGGAGAAAGCAUUCAUAAAUCAACACGACCUUGGUGCCAAUGUUACUAUCGAACACUACCUUCAAAUAGUGAAAACAGAGGUGAUUACAAGAAGAUAUGGCCAAGAACAUUCAGUGAUCGAGGAAUAUGAAUACACGGCUCACAGCAGCGUGGCUCAGACUUACUACUUACCCGUUGCAAAGUUUCAUUUUGAGCUCUCUCCCAUGCAGAUCUUAAUAACCGAAAACCCCAAGUCCUUCUCACACUUCAUCACAAAUCUCUGCGCCAUUAUUGGUGGUGUUUUCACGGUUGCGGGAAUACUAGAUUCGAUUUUACACAAUUCAAUAAGACUGAUCAAAAAGGUCGAACUCGGUAAAAACAUUUGA